AUGGCUAGUGAGGAUGGCUCGGGGGAGAUUUGCACCACCGAGUUAGCCCAGAUCUUUCGCUCCCUUGGCUACAAGGCCUCCAUGGAAGAGAUCAGCGGAUUUCUCCUUGAAGUCGACUUUGACGAGAGUGGCUUCCUGAGCAUGUCGGAGUUUGUGACGCUGAUGGGAUACUUCCGCACACUGGAGCUAAGAAAGAUCCACGACGUCUUUGAGGAGACAGCUGUGGACGGCUACCUCACGGGAAAGCAAAUCGGAGCAGCGUGCAAGUUGCUCGGGAAGCAUACGCUGGACGUGCCCCCGGAAGAGGAGGACGAUGAGCUGGACUUUGAAGACUUCGUUGAUUGGGUGGACGAGAGCAGGCACAAGACCAUGAUGCAGGAGCGGAAGCUGGCCGGCUUCGGGUACUGGAAGGUUGAGCUCCUGCGCGAGUUGUUCAAGGAGUUUGACAGAGACGAGAAAGGCUUCUUGGAGCUCCAUCCAUUGACCAAGCUUCUGCAACAUCUGGAAUACGUCGAAGCUCCGCGCUCCAGAAAUGAGCAGCAUUGGAUCAUUCGCCAAAUCGAGUCUGCGAGGAAGCACGCGUACGAAGCGGGCGUCCGGGAGUCGAUGCUCGAGCAGGGCUUCAACGUCACCUUUUGGACCUUCGCAGCCUGGCCUGGAGGAAAUGUAGCCACGUGGUAG